AACAUUUUCGUUUCGACGCAUUGGCAAACUCACAAACUGAUAAUUUUAGAAUUUCGCGUUUUUAACCGAAAUAAUUUGAACAUUUCUGGUUUUUUCAGUUUUUAUUUACUUUAUACAUUUACAAUUUUCAAAUCAAUCGCGUUCUUUAUAACUAUUAAUUUAAAGUGAUUGAUUUGACUCUUGUAGUGAAACAAAUUUCAAACGUUCCAGUCUGAAGUGUGUAGCUAGCUCGAUAUAACUGUCAAUCUGGGUGUAGAAAUUUAUUUUGUAAUUUUCACCGGUUCUCAUGUGUAAUUUCUCAAUGUGUUAGACUAUUUUUGAACAAAGGUUCCUUGAGAAAUAAUGUUCUAUAGUGUAUGUGGUGCCUAAAUUUGUGCAAAAAUGGAUGACGGUACUAUAAAGAUUCAAUCGGGAAUUAACAUCAACAUAAAAAGAACAGAUGGCCGGAUCCAUUCGGCGAUCGUCUCCGGGGUCAACCUGGAGACGAGGUCGGUCACAGUGGAAUGGUACGAGCGAGGCGAGACGAAAGGCAAGGAGGUGGAGAUUGACGCCAUCCUUGCCCUCAACCCAGAGCUCGCCGUCGGCCCCAGGCACCACACGCCACACCUUCAGCCCAUGCCCAACAAACUCGCCAGGGAUAUGACGCGGCAAUCUAUACCGGUGGCAACGAAAGCGCCGUCACGGGUGACGCGGAACAACCAGAUGCGGUUGUCGAACGCGGCCGGCGCGUACACGAACGGCCACGGGGGCGACACGACGGGCAGGCGGGGCGCCGAGAACGUGCCGCCGCCGCAGCAGCCCCCACAGCCCGCGCCCACUAACACUAGGAUUACACAACAGCAACCUCCCCCGUCCGGCGGUCGGUCACGAGCCGGCAGCACGCCGAGCGCCGCUUCCGUACCUCAAGGCUUGCAGCAGUCACCUUACAUGCCGCACUUGCAGAGGAGGAUCCACAAUGUUAAAGAGUUCACGAGCGGCAGCGCGGCGAGCGGCGGCGCGGGCCGCGCGGCGGCGGUGGCCUCCACGGUGUCGGUGCCGCACGCCGUGGCGUCGGGCGCCGUGCGCCGCUCCAACGUCGUCAAGGAGGUCGAGCGCCUCAAGGAGAACCGCGAGAAGCGCCGCCAGCGGCAGGCCGAGCUCAAGGAGGAGAAGGAAGCGUUAAUGAACAUGGACCCUGGCAAUCCGAACUGGGAGUUCUUAGCGAUGAUCCGGGAGUACCAGAACAGUAUCGAGUUCAGGCCGCUGACUGGCAACGAACCUGUAGAGGACCAUCAAAUCACUGUCUGCGUCAGAAAGAGGCCGCUUAAUAAGAAAGAAAAUGCUAAAAAAGAGGUGGACGUAAUAAGCGUGCCGACGAAAGACCAAAUGAUCGUCCACGAACCGAAGAACAAGGUAGACCUCACGAAAUACCUCGAGAACCAGAAGUUCCGCUUCGACUACGCGUUCGACGACUCGUGUACCAAUGAAGUUGUCUACAAAUAUACGGCAAAGCCGUUGGUGCAGACAAUAUUCGAAGGUGGCAUGGCGACGUGUUUCGCGUACGGACAGACUGGCUCAGGCAAGACGCAUACCAUGGGUGGUGACUUUCAGGGUAAAACGCAAGACUGUAAGAAGGGUAUAUACGCGAUGGCGGCGCGCGACGUGUUCGCGUACCUGAAGUCACCCAAGUACAAGCCGCUCAACCUCAUCGUGUCGGCUUCCUUUUUUGAGAUAUACUCGGGCAAGGUGUUCGACCUGCUGGCGGACAAGGCGAAGCUGCGCGUGCUGGAGGACGGCAAGCAGCAGGUACAGAUCGUGGGGCUCACCGAGAAGGUGGUCGACAACGUGGACGAGGUGCUCAAGCUCAUACAGCAUGGCAACGCCGCCAGGACUUCCGGACAGACGUCAGCGAACUCAAACUCGUCCCGGUCGCACGCGGUUUUUCAAAUAGUAGUGCGGUCGCCGGGCAUGCACCGCGUACACGGGAAGUUCUCACUCAUCGACCUCGCGGGGAACGAGAGGGGCGCCGACACCUCCUCCGCCAACCGGCAGACGCGCAUGGAGAGCGCCGAGAUCAACAAGUCCCUGCUGGCGCUGAAGGAGUGUAUCCGCGCGCUGGGCAUGAAGGGGCAGAACCACCUCCCGUUCCGCGUGUCCAAGCUGACGCAGGUGCUGCGCGACAGCUUCAUCGGCGACAAGUCCCGCACGUGCAUGAUCGCCAUGAUCUCGCCCGCCAUGUCCUCCUGCGAGCACUCGCUCAACACGCUGCGCUACGCCGACCGCGUCAAGGAGCUGGGCACGGACGCGCCCGCGCGCCGCGACCCCGACGUGGACAUGGAGCCUGCGCGGGAGCUGCCCGACCUCGCGCAGCUCCGGGACCUCAAUGAGGGCGAUAUGUCAGCAGAAAUGUACACUUUCCACGAAGCCAUCGACGAGAUGCAACGCGCCGAAGAGGAAGUGUUAGAUAACCACAAGGCCAUCUCCGACUACCUGCAACACGCCCUGCAACGCUGCAACCAGCUGCUCGGCAUCACGAGGGAUGUCGACUACGACCAAGACGCCUACGCGACGCAGUGGGAGGAGCUGCUGAACGAGCAGCUGGCGGUGCUGGCGCAGUCGCGGGACCUGGUGGCGGAGUUCCGCGCCAAGAUGCAGCAGGAGGAGCACAUCUCCCGCCGCAUCCAGCCCGCCAGGCACCACUAGCAGCCGCCGCCCGCCGCCCGCAACAUCUCUCUACUAGCAUGAGUGCAACAUUUCCUACCACUGUCGAUGGAAUGGUUUCACGACUGAUGAGCCGCGAACAACGUACGCUGUAUUCUUUAUGUAAGGGUCGAGCUUGUUACAAAUUUAGAACAAUACAUCAAUGCUAUUGUUUAUGCCAGCUUGUGUUGUCCAAACAACAGACUGACCACUAGUCGUCUCAUAUUUUGCCUUAUUUAUAAAUAAAACAGAUUGAAAUAAGACAAUUCAUAUUUUGUAAGACACGUCUAAGAAGAAGGCCGCGAGUGCUCCCGUUAGAAAAUGUACAAAAAUAGAACAUUUUGAAAAUAGCAUAAACAUAGAAUUUUUGAAAUGGAGCUGAAAGAAGAAUGUCAUUUACAAUUCUAAAACUUGAUUAUUAAGUAAAUAUGAAUCUCUGUAUUCGUAGGGAGUUGGUUGUAACGAAUAAUUUGUUGGUCUCUACGCUGCGCGCGCUUCUCGCUGCCACAAGAUGGCGGCCAGCAUGGCGGUCUCACAGCCCAGCCGCUGACAGAAAUUACAGUGUAUAAAGUAAUCAGUAUUGAAAUUAAAAUUCAAUGUUUGAUGACCGUGUGUAGCUGGCCUACUAGCCUACUGUAUAAUCGCUUCAAUUAUUAUUUGCCCACGCUCCAAAAACAGUGCGAGUUGUGACCACUUUGAUCAAUAUAUUGUAAAGCUUAGUGUACCGAGGUAUGUGCCGUCGUGUUGAAAAUGAGAGACUGUUUAUUAGUAGUGUUUGAAGCACAAAUGAUGGUCGGCCGGCAGCUUACCCGCGCGGCUUGGGACGCGCCACUUUAGCGCUUAGUUGUAAUUAUGUAACGUUCAAAAUGGCGUGUCGCUGCCGUGUGUGAUGCGGCGUGAGACAAAACGUGCUAUUACGAGUAUCGAUAGUAAGGUCGUACUUUUAGUUUCUGUAAUAGUUGUAUACAGUACUAAAGUUAAUUGAGGUCUGAGUUCACUUAUUGACUAAACACGUUCCUUUUUGAGAUGUUGCCCGUAAAUUAAGUUGAUUCUGUCCACGCGACUGUCAAUAAAUGAACGCAGGCCUACCCUCAUACUGACGAUAUAGAAGCGCGUGUUGGGUAUCGAUAGAUACUGGCUAUCGUUCGAUACCUGCCACGUAAUCGAAUCAUGUAAAUGUAAGGUGCGAGACAUUACCCUAUUAACGUUAAGUCACAUAUUCAGGAUGCAUUUAACUUUCGCUAAUGGCCUAUUGUCGAACUGUAGAUAUUUUUUAUAUACCGGGAGAAGGAAGUACAAACGUAUCAGUGAGGCGGUCCCAGUGAGUGCGGAGUAGUUCCUCGUUGGCGUGACUAGACGGCUGCAGCGGGAACUAGAGUCGCCAGCUUCUACAUUACUAGUAUUGUUAUUGAGCUGGACUCGUCUAUUUCAAUAAAUUGUCUUGUACGCGCUACCAAUAUCCAAUCGGUUACGUUGUUCAUUACGGAGAGGCCACAUUCGUUUGGUCUGAUGCCCUAGUCGCGCCAAUGUCAGUUGUAGUCGAAUCUGUCAAAAUCCUACCCUGAAUAUAAAUUUUACAACCUGACGCUUUAAUUUUCAUGUUUGGCCAUGCUUGUCUCAAUCCAAGCCUGGUCAAGCAAUGCUUGUCCUAAUUUUAGCUAUUUUGAAAUGGUUUUAGUACACUUGGCCCCUUAUUAUUUGGCCAAGUUACGGUUUUGACGGAUAGAUACUGUGUUGCUGUAAUUUAUUUCCAAGACUAAAUUGUUUUGUGGUACUAUCGGCAUACAAAGUACUCGGAAUGUUGUGAAAUAAUUGUUAAAAAUUAGAUGUUUGGAUGUAUAGCGUUUUAAAAUAUGCGCGAUGAUGAAAGAUUGUUUUUGUCUUAAGUGUUUUCUACAUUGUUUCCUUUUAUAUAUUUUGAUUAAACGAACACUUUUGUAAUAUAAGUUCACUGACAAAUUUAAUUCCUAAAAAUUAUGAGGGAAGCCAAAAGCAAUCUUUUUGAAAGUAUACUAACGAAACCUGUUGUUUGAUGAUGUAUAAAUGUUUGAUAUAAUGUGAUCGUAACAUAUCCGUUGCAUAUGAACUCGCUUGUUAUUCUCUCGUUGUAAACGUUACUAUUGUUUGCCGACCCUCGGUUGUUGAUGACAAUAUCUGUGUUUUGUUUGUGUGUGUUUACGCGACAUAUCUGUUACCAUAGUAACUGUAUACUUGUUAUUCUGAUUUACUUUAGUUCCUAGAACUACCACAUUUAUUUGUUUUCAAUCAUAGUUACCUUCUUAUGGUUCUGCUUCCUUUACAAGUAACAAUUAAUGUUCUAUAAAUACGCACAAACGAAACACAAUAUUCUUUUAAUACUAAUUACGUAAAUUCGCGUGUAGUUUGGCUAGAUUUGUAAAUGUUGUGUUAAGACUUCACCCAGUCGCAACUCUGGGGAAAAUUUCAAGAUUUAUGAAAACAUUCCACGUUUUGAGAUUAUACUGUAACUACCUUAUGAAUAAUAUUGGCCAUUCCUAAAGAACAAAACCUAACUUUGUUUCGAAAUUCUUGAAACAAUUUUAUUACCGAUCGAAUAUGCAUUUACUUGAACCAUCUUGAGAUUUUUCCUUUAGUUAUAAGCUAUAACUUUCAAUAAAACAAUAAUAAAUACAGCCUUAUAAAGUCGUUAGUUUAUGACCUUAAAUGUUAGCAUGAGAAAAAUGUUAUAUACAGAGGAAUGUCCAGUUAUAUCAUGUCACGGCAACACUUUAAGAUUUAUUAAAUAAAUUGGUUGUAAAACAGUUGUCAUUUUUUUACAUAACAGAUUAUUCCUAUGUAUGGUGCUUGGAUUAAUUAGGCCUUUACUAUGGCAUGGUAUAGCUCGAUAUUCAUUGGUCUAUGAAUUCGUUAACUUAGUGCUCCGAAUGUGAGUUAUGUAGGUGGAAAUUCUGCUUUUGCGUUUAUUUUUAAUUUCGAAUUAAGAGAACGCAGUCGCGGCUGUCAACUAUGCACCUACAGCAGUUACACUCGGGGCGCACUUGUAUCAUUCGAUAGCUCUGAUACUUAUUUGUAAAGAGAUCAACGUCUCGUUUCGCUUGUGUAACGCUUUUCAUGUAAUAACUGCCCGGGUACUUGUUGACACCGGCAGAUUGUGACUAGACCCCGCGGGCGCGAGCAUAGCUCCCGACCGCGUUUUUGAACUUGUCUUUUUUACAUAACGUGUUUUACUGCGGAAAAUAAGUUAGAACGUUAUGCAUUGUGAUUAUUGGAAACUUAGGAAUGCUGCUUGGUUCGACAGAUUACAUUUACCGCGGUAAACGCGUGCGUGUGUUUAUCGCGACUACUUACCUGACAUGGGCUGGUGAGAUAAAUUUCUAUACACAGAUAUUUACUCCUACCGUAAUAUUGUAAUUUAUUUAAAUAAAAACCAUUGUCGUUUAUUAAAAAUCGUAAAACUCGUUUUUUUAUUAUUAAUAAAAAUAGUAAAACUACUUAAAAGACUAUGUAACUAUGUAAGUUGUUCAAGUCAGUACAUUAUAAUACAUUUUUCUUUUUUGUAAUGGGACUUAUUUAUUAUAUUGUGAUAAUACGUGCAAAUGCCAUUUGUUUGUGUCCCCGAGCCGCCGCCAGCGCGGACCCCCCCUCUCGCCUAUGCUCCAUUCUAGACCACGCUUAUCGUAGAAUGGAGUAUAGAACGUGGUCCUCUCCAAACAUGCGCAAAUUUUUCGUUUGUAAUUGGAAUAUUAACUACAACUUACAGACUGCGAAAUAUUAAUAAAAAAUAUAACCCAAAUGUUUGUAGUUUAAUCUCUGCUCAUCUGGUGCUAGGUCUAGAAUCGCUUAUAACCAUAACCUCUCGGGUCUAAAGGCUCAAUAAACUUUUGCUUCUGUUUUAAUGAAAUAUAGUUAAUUUUGACAAUUUAGUCUGAUUAAAAGGGGAAUUUAGUGGGAUGUAACCGAAUGUUUACCGAACCACUCGGAUAUUUUCACAAAGUUUAAAUAUAGUGAACAGUUAUGUCGACAUGAGCUAGUUACAUUUACCUUAGAAAAUUGUUUCGUGUUAUAAGCUCACUUAAAAGUAAACCUUUGUAAAUUGUUGGUGACAUUUGGACUCCAUAGUCAGUAUUGCUUGUGUUGUGUGAAUAUGCGAGUGUAUCUGUGCCCACGGUCCCGCACGACGCUACAUCGACCCGUUCCGAGGUGACUAUGUAUACUGUAGCUUACAACAUUAUUAGAUAGCGCUUAUUAAUAAAUAAAACAAAACGAAUCGGCCCUCUGUAUCAGAGCGGCUGCUGCGCCGAUGUUUGAUCGUACUGAACAAAAUCUCUCUUACUAUAAUUAUUAUACGUUUUUUUUAAUAAUUGUAAUAUUAUCGAGAUUGUAACCGCGUUGGAAUGAAUUAGUUUUUGUAUAGAAGCGUUUGAAUAAAUGAACAAGUGUUGAAUGCUGGUGCGGCGCAUUCCCGCUGUAGUUGUCUAGUUAAAUGCUUUAUUAUAAACUUUAUUUUAACAUCGCACAUUAUAAUAAAUUAAUCAAAAUUGACUUGA